AUGGCGGACGUGGUUCUGCUCCUGCUACGCCUCGUCCUACGAGUGCUGCAGAUAAAGCUUCGACUGCGACCCAGCCUCCAAGGGCUGAUGAAGCUGUCGAAGCCCUCCGCCUCCGUGUCGGAAGGAGGUGCAGAGAAAAGCUGUUUGCCGAGCUAUACGCUGUCAAUGCCGCUAACGGUACAGCACUCUGACGUCAAGAAGUACAUGUUGGCCGUAGAGAAUAGUUCUGACAGCACCGGUGGCAGCCGAAGCCCAGCAGGUAACCUGUCCCGCCUGGAAGGCAGCUUCACGGACCCGGCGCACACGACCCUGUUCUUGGCAGCUAUGGCGCAGCCAGCUUCUCUCAUUCUUCUCGCUCAGAGCGACUGCCCGGUGCAGCCACUCGGUGCAGUUAACGUACGUAACCGCUUCGAACUACUGAAUCGCAAUCUCGGCCAGCAGGUUAUCAACGCCGCAUGCCGUUCGGAGAGCAUGCCUUACCCGUCGGAAGUCCGCGCAAGAUUUCUUCCCGUCACAAGGAUUGUGAAGAGGGGCAUCGAAGUUGAUGUUUCCGUUUCUGUCGUUGCACUACCUCGGGGUGAUGCUAAGGGUGAGAUUGAGAUGUUCAGGCAGGUCUUCACCAUUCUCGAAUUUGUGCGAUGGUCCAAAAUCGACAUGUCUGACAGUCGUACGACGGCAGAAACCAUCCACACUAAAGAUUCAGAGCGUGUGGGUGCAAACCACCCCGACGCUGUCCCUGGAGAUGCACGAAACGAUGCUCGAGCACUUUGCAGAAUGGGAGCUCAAGAUCCAAGGCUCUGGGCUGCGUUGUGUCGCGACUACAAUCCAAUCCACCACCUAGCUCUUGCUGCUCGUUUGGCAGGGUUUGCUGGCAAGAUUGCGCAUGGCAAUCAUGUCGUGGCCCGCGUCUUCAGUGAGCUGCAGGGUCAAAGGCCGCAAUGGACUUCCCCGGACGAUAAAACAUCAGGUUCUCUAGUCAUGGAAGUUGCUUUCAGAAAGCCUGUCGUCGUGCCUUGUGUCCUGCAAAUACAACUUCACACCCCAAUAUUCGCAAGCAACGAGCCACAUCCACUAACACAAUCGACGCGGACAACAAUUUGCAAAGACGACAAAGUGUUCAUUGAGGUCUUUCUCAAAAGCUACCCGGCGUAA